GGAAGUGGCGGUCCGGAAUCUAGGCGACGGGGCGAAACGGGGCGAGACGGGGCGAGACGGGGCCGAUAGGUGGCAGGAAGGGGCUGGGCCGGAGCUGGCGGGAGGACCAGGCCCCGAGGCCCCCGCCCUGGCUUGUCCGCCCCGGCCGCGGAGGAGAAAACGGAGGAUGAUCUCCAGAUACACUCGGAAGGCCGUGCCACAGAGCGUGGAGCUGAAAGGAAUAACAAAGCACGCUCUUAACCAUCAUCCCCUUCCAGAGCAACUGGAUGACAUUUCCUCUACCAAUGACGGCCAUGAAAAAGAUACAAGUUCUCAAAGUGAGUCUGACAUCACCCAAGAAUCACCGUUUACAUCAACUGACACCGGGAACUCGCGUUCUGCUUUUCCAAGCUAUGCAGGCACAGGGAUCUCUACAGAAGGCAGCUCCGACUUCUCUUGGGGAUAUGGUGAACUUGACCAAAAUGCCACUGCGAAAGUGCAGGCCAUGUUCACCGCCAUCGAUGAGCUCCUGUACGAGCAGAAGCCGAGUGUGCACACACAGAGUCUGCAGAAAGAGUGCCAGCAGUGGGCAUCCAGCUUUCCUCACCUCAGGAUUCUAGGUAGGCAGAUAAUCACUCCAAGUGAAGGCUAUGGAUUGUACCCUCGAUCACCUUCUGCUGUGUCAACUUCACAUGAAGCAACCUUGUCUCAAGAGAGAGACUCUACCAUAUUUGGUAUAAGGGGAAAGAAGUUAAAUUUUUCAUCUUCUUAUGCUCAUAAAGCAUCUCCCAGCACUAAACCCUCUGGCUUGUCCACUGCGGAAGGGGGAGAGGUGGACUGGAUAAUCUUUUCUGAAGGAGUAAUUGAGGAGUACCUGGCUUUCGACCACACAGACACGGAAGAGGGAUUUCAUGGAAACAAAUCAGAAGCAGCUACAAAGAAACAGAAAUUAGGGUACCCUCCCAUUGCUCCAUUUUACUGCAUGAAAGAGGAUGUCCUUGCUUAUGUUUUUGACAGCGUGUGGAGCAAGGUUGUGGGCUGUAUGGAGCAGUUGACACGUAGUCACUGGGAGGGAUUUGCUUCUGGUAAGGAUCCUAAUGAAACCAAUGUGAAAAAUAAUAUGAGUUUCUGUCAAGCAAGUGGUCACCAGCCAAACGUGAAUGGCCUCUUGGUUCACGGGAUGCCUCUACAGCCAAGGAACCUCUCCCUGAUGGAUAAGCUCCUAGAUCUUGAUGACAAGCUACUUAUGAGGCCUGGCUCCAGUUCCAUCCUUUCAAACCGAAAUUGGCCAAACCGAGCCCUGGACCUCAGUACGUCAUCUUUGUCAUAUACAGCACAGUCCGCCAGGAGACGCAACCCCCCACCACGCACCCUUCAUCCAAUCAGCACAAGCCAUUCACGUGCUGGGACACCAUGGCCUGCAGAAGAAAUCCUCAGAGGAUCCCGAGUUCCAGCGACUGCAGACACGCUGUCUUCUCCCUCACCGAUGCCCCUGGGUCGGAACAAUCUGCUGCCACCUAUAGGAACAGCUGAAGUAGAACGUCUGAGCAACAUGGGGUCGCAGUGGCCAGCAAAAGCCCACGGUGACUCCAGCAGAGCUCGCAGUGCAGUGGUGGACGAGCCGAACCAGCAGCCCCAAGAAAGGCUCCUUUUACCUGUCUUCUCUAGACCCAACACAACUCAGUCAUUUUUGCCAGACACACAGUACCGAAAUUCCUGUGCAUCUGAGUAUCCUCACCAGGCCCGACCUGGCAGAGGGGCUGCAGGUCCUCAGUCACAUGGGUCUACAAAACCUCAAAGCAGAGGUGGACCCAUCUCUAGAACCAGGCAGUGACCAAAGGACAAGUGAGAACCCGCAAGGCUGCAGCAGACUGCAAAUACAUGGAGGGCUUCAUGCACCAGUGCUCAGGCACCAGAUAAUGCACAGCUCCUACAGACAGCAGCUUGGUCCAUCUUCAAGGGUUAUCUUGGUACAACUGUCCGAGAAACACUAGCGUAUCUGCCAAAGACUGCAUGGGCAAGUGUUCUGUGUCGUUACUGUCUUCUUUCAGCUACUCCACUGGGUAGGAAAGAUUGUACCCAAAGACGUGACAAUGAAAAGCAGCCCCAAAUCACUGCUCAUGUUGUCUGUAACCAAUCACCAGUCUGAUUCGUAUACAGUUCAGUGAGAUUCCAUACACACGGAUGAUGCAGAUCACUGGCUUCACAAUAUUUCUACUUAUAUUAAUUUCUGGAGAACUGCACUAUUUUACCAUAUUUUUAGAAGAAAGUGCUGCCAAAAAUCUGAGAUACUCAUCAAAUAAAUGUCACUCCUAAACUUUA